CUGUUUUGGUUGGAGCUAUGCGCAAUCCCCAUCACACCAACAAUCAUAUAAAAGUUUCUGUUCGUCGGUCCUCCGUUCCUCUCCCUCGCCUCUCCUUUGUGUAUGUGUUCCUCUCCUUCCUCUUUCUUUAGCUUUUUCCACCUUUGCAUUUCGUUUUUCUCUUUAAACCUCCAGGUGGUGUUUGAUUCCUUCUAACCUUUCAUUUCUUCCGUUUGCACAAACCCCAAAGUUUUUCCCGCAACAGUCACGGAUAAAGCAGAAACGAAAGCACAAUUAUCAACCAUUGCAUGCAUACGUGCAUCUCGUUAUGACAUGUGGAUCCUCUUCGUUUCCAUGAGAUGAAAACGGGGUGGGAAAGUUUCUAGGAUUUCUCUCGGCGUGUUCCGUUUGGAUCCUAGGGAUUUGGGAACGAGAAUUCUAUGGGAAACAUCUGGAGUAGCGGUGUGAACGGCCGUCGAAGGCGCGAGAGCCGUCGGAGCCACCCGCCCCCUCCUCCUGUGGUACCACCGCAAUCGGAAAUCUCCGUCAACCGGUACGUAAUCCCCGCCGCCACGCCCUAUCACUCACAGGACCCUAACCCCAACAAUACUCCCCAUCCUUACAACCAGUACCCUGGCUAUUAUGUACCUCCACCGGCUAUGCCGAUGCCUCUACCUGCCUUCUAUGACCAUGGGCCUCAUUCUAAUCCCCAUCUUCAAGUAGACCCGGCUCAGGCACACGCCAAUUGGGUCGGCGGGAGUUACCCUUGUGGACCGGUCAUGCCUCCUCCGGCGCCCCAUAUCGAGCACCAGAAGGCAGUUACUAUAAGGAACGAUGUUAAUCUCAAGAAAGAGACUUUGAGGAUCGAGCCGGACGAGGAAAACCCCGAUCAGUUUCUCGUAUCCUUCACAUUCGAUGCCACUGUUGCCGGCAGCAUUAGCAUUAUCUUCUUUGCAAAAGAAGGUGAGGACUGCAACCUGACACCAAUGAAGGAAAACCUAAUUGCGCCUGUGACAGUACAUUUUCAACAAGGUCUGGGUCAGAAGUUCCAGCAGCCCUCUGGAACUGGAAUUAACUUCUCAAUAUUUGAGGAGACUGACAUUCUGAAAGUGGGUGACAUGAACAUCUAUCCUUUGGUGGUUAAAGCAGAGGCAACCGCAGUUAACAAGAAUGGUACAGAUGGAAACGCAAUAGCUCCAACUACCAACUCCCAGAUAACUCAGGCAGUGCUUGGAAAGGAAAAAGGUGAAUACCAGGUGAGGGUAGUGAAGCAGAUCCUUUGGGUCAAUGGAAUGAAGUAUGAGCUGCAGGAGAUAUAUGGGAUUGGGAAUUCCGUUGAGGGUGACUUGGAUGGGAAUGACCCAGGAAAAGAAUGUGUAAUCUGCCUGUCGGAGCUGCGGGACACAACUAUUCUACCCUGCCGCCAUAUGUGUAUGUGCAGUGGAUGUGCAAAGGUUUUGAGGUUGCAGACAACCCGGUGCCCGAUAUGCAGACAACCAGUUGAGAGGCUUUUGGAAAUAAAGGUCAACAAUGGAUUUGAGGAAUGAAAAGUAUUCCGCCACUACAAUGCUGUAUAUAACCCUGUUGUCCUUUUUUUUUUUUUUUUUGUAAUAACCUGGAAAGAAUGUAUAUUUGCGUUUGAUUAGUUUCUGGUAGUGACAUGCUGGCAUUACAUUUCGUCUGCUUGGAUUAGUGCUUUGUGGCAAUUCCUUGGAGGGAUAUAAAAUACACGUUUGCUGGUCGUGUUCUAUCGAA